AUGGCGCCCGACCGUACGGGAAAGAGUGUGUUUCUGGGGAACAUCCCCUACAAUCUCACGGAGGAGCAAGUCAAAGACAUUCUCAGCACGGCUGGCACCGUCACCAAGUUCCGGCUGAUGAUGAACCCCGAGACCGGCAAACCCAAAGGCUAUGGAUUCGCGGAUUUUGCGGAUGCUGACGCGGCAGCUUCAGCGGUGCGCAACCUAAACGACUACGAGAUCAUGGGCCGUAAAAUCCGCGUCGAUUGGCCUCACAACAACGAAAAAGAUUCUGUGCCGACGGACUAUUCUCAGGAAUCACAGCCUGUGGCUCAAGACCCGACACCUCAGCUUCAGCAGAUCCCGGGAUCUGCGCCGCUGCCUCCUCUCCCUCCGGGCGUUGAAGUGCCUCCUCAUCUCGACUGCCCCAACGCCAUCUCUCACACCCUCGCCUCUCUUCCUCCCAACCAGCUCCUCGACGUACUUACACAAAUGAAAUCUCUCGCCGUGGCCGACCCCGCCCGCGCGACUGAGCUCCUGCGUCAAGCUCCCCAGCUCGCGUACGCGAUUUUCCAAGCGCUUCUGCUCAUGAACCUGGUGGAGUACCAGCUACUCGGAUCCAUCGUUGAACAAGCAGCCCAACCAGCACCAGUCCAGCAACCUGCGCAGCAAUUCCAGCCCUACGGUGUACCUGGUCAAAUCGGCACCCCGCCUGUCUCAGGAACGCCAUUCGCCCCUCCCCCCGCUCAGCCUGCCGCACCACAAGGAGUACCCAAUCAAGAUGAGCUCCUCCAGCAAGUGUUGAGCAUGCCCCAAGCAACUAUCGAUGCUUUGCCUCCAAUGGAGCGCAGCCAGAUCAUGCUGCUCCGUCAGCAGCUUAUGCAGGGCGGCAUGCGGUAG